AUGGCACAGGGCGGACACAUGGCACAGGGCCGGACACAUGGCACAGGACUGACACAUGGCACAGGCCGGACACAUGGCACAGGGCCGACACAUGGCACAGGGCUGACACAUGGCACAGGGCCGGACACAUGGCACAGGGCCGGACACAUGGCACAGGACCGACACAUGGCACAGGGCCGGACACAUGGCACAGGGCCGGACACAUGGCACAGGGGCCGACACAUGGCACAGGGCCGACAUGGUACAGGGCUGGAAGCAAUGCACAGGGCCAGACACAUGGUACAGGCCGGACACAUGGCACAGGACCGAACACAAUGGCACAGGGCCGGACACAUGGCACAGGGCCGGACACAUGGCACAGGGCUGGACACAUGCAGGGCCGGACACAUGGUACAGGCCGGAAGCAAUGACAGGCCAGACAUGGUACAGGGGCCGACACAUGGUACAGGGCCGGACACAUGGCACAGGGCUGAAGCAAUGCACAGGGCCAGACACAUGGUACAGGGCUGA